AUGUCAGAGUUUCUACCUCGAGAUGUUUUGAUUGAUAUCCUCGCUAGACUACCCAUCAAGUGCCUCGUGCAAUGCACCACUGUCUGCAAAUCAUGGGGGUCUCUCAUCAAAAACCCUAGCUUCAUCUCUGCACACCUCAAUCGAUCAGCUGUGAUGAACAAUGAUAACAAGCUUUUACUAGUUCGAACUAUCUCUAGGGAUCAGAAUGAAGAGCAUUACUCACUACAUCUCGAUAAUCAAAUGUUCGAUGAAUAUGCAAAGUUUCGAUUUCCAUUGAAGAGUUGUGCAAACUAUUAUUUUAGGAUAAUCGGUAGCUGUAAUGGGGUUAUAUGCCUCUCGGACGAUCUAUUUACUAUUACCAAUGAGCUAUAUCUAUGGAACCCGUCGAUUCAAAAGUUGAUGGCCCUUCCAACGGUUCGUGUCACAUUUAAGUCACACGGUCUAUUUAUGCAAAACAUUGGGUUUGGCUUUGAUCCCUCGACGAAUGACUACAAGGUCAUAAGGAUUGUGUAUCUAAAUUAUGUGGAAAUUCCACCCGAGGUCGAUAUUUUCACUCUGAGCACGGGCACCUGGCGGAACAUUAGUCAUUUGGGGCUUUCAUAUAUAAUCGAUGGUAGAGCUCCCCAAGCUUUUUUAAACGAGGCUGCACAUUGGAUUGCAUCUGAUAGGAGAGGAGACCUUCAUCGCCGCUUGAUCGUGUCAUUCCACAUGGGUGAUGAGAUAUUUCGCGAGAUUAUGCUGCCUGAUUGGAUUAAUGCCGUUUUGUCUUAUCCGCCGCGUCUUCGCGUUGCUAAGUUUCAAGAAUCACUUUCUCUAAUCGUCGAGUUGAACGAACGUUUGGAUGCUAAUAACUGUUAUGGUGUGUGGGUGAUGAAAGAGUAUGGUGUAAUGUCGUCUUGGACUCAACUAUACACUAUUCAUAAGGGCUUAGUUUUCCAUUCUUUAGUUGGCUUUAGAAAGAAGGGUGAAGUUCUAUUGGCAUUAAGAAAUGGAUAUUUGGUGUCCCUUGAUACUGUAUACCAUGAUGCUGAAACCAAACUACUUACGAAACUCGAAAUUUGUGGCUCUAUAGAUUCAUGGUAUAAGGACUCGUUUUAUGCAGAUGCUUACAUGGAGAGCCUAAUUUUACUUGGGGUGAAACCACCCGUUUUUCAUGGAAAAAAACAGAAACUGAUGAGAAAACCAAGAAAGGGAGACGAAAAGCAAGGAAGGGAAUAG